ACCCCACAAGUGAUCAAAGUUCUUCACUCGCUCCCUCGAGCUAAAUCGAAGGCCGAGGGGGUAACGUUAGUGAAUUGGACCUCCACUUAAAAUGGCAAUUAAACUGCAUCCGGUUUCGACGGGGAUUCCCGGAGGGAAAGUAGCUAGCGCGAAGAUUGAGGUUAAAAAUAAUGUUAAAAAUAACGUGUUUGGACCGCAGACUGAUCUCGCUUCCUCCCAUCUUUGAGGACAUGUAUUUCCUUUGCUAGAGCGGUUACUCGAAUAUCUUGUCAAUAUAAUAGACAAUCUUUGUCAUAAACCAGUGUUGGAUUUGGCCGAGCAUCUACGUCACACUACUUUUCUUCCCCUACUCGCACCAGGAACAGUGCUGAACGCUCGGCUCGGGGGAAUCAAGCGAGCUAAACACGCCUUCCAUUGCCGUGGUAGCCCCACUCCGUCUAGCUGAACUACUAGUAAAUAACUACAGUGGGUUACCUCGUCGCCGUUACUUCAUGGGUACGGUGUCGCGGUCGUUCAUAGGCAAGCUAGUUAGCAGUAUCAUCCCUCCAGCGCUAGCUAGUAGCCAGCUAACGUUAGCAGCUCAGUGUUGAUUCCUUUGACUCUAUCUACCGCUGACACUGGUGCAAAUGAGUGAACCGGGGAAGAGUUUGCUUUCUUCCCCUACUUCUUCAGGGGGGCAACCUGCGGGGUCUGACACCUACAAAGGCUGGCUGUAUAAAUGGACUAACUACUUGAAGGGCUACCAACGCCGGUGGUUUGUCCUUAGCAACGGCCUUCUGUCAUAUUACAGGACUCAGGCAGAGAUGGCCCACACUUGCCGUGGCACCAUCUCCCUGACCACGGCACACAUUGAAGUGGGUGACGCGUGCCACCUGGUGCUAACCAGUGGAGGGCGGAGCUACCACCUGAAGGCCACCUCAGAUGGGGAGAGUCAGCGCUGGGUCUCUGCCCUCCAACAGGCUAAGGCCAACGCCAGUCACAUGAUGCACCAAUCAGAUGACUCUGGAGACGAGGCCCCCGUGCCCCAGCCUGACCGAGCCCUGACCCAGGGGGCUCUGAAGACCCUGGCCAGUAAGCUGGACGACCUGAGCACCUGCAACGAGCUAAUUGGCAAACACGGCGCCGCCCUGCAGCGAUCCCUCAGCGAGCUCGAGGACCUGCGCACGGCCACCGACGGCACCGACAAACUCAAGACUGUCAACGAGCGUGCCACACUCUUCCGCAUCACCUCCAAUGCUAUGAUCAAUGCCUGUCGGGACUUCCUGGACGUAGCAGAGACACACAGCCGGAGGUGGCAGAGAGCCCUGCAGUAUGAGAGAGAACAGCGCCACCACCUGGAGGAGACUAUUGAACAGCUAGCCAAGCAGCACAACAGCCUGGAGAGGGCCUGGAGAGAGGCUCCCAGCACACACCCAGACGGAGGUGAGAGAACGCAGGAGGGGGACGCCAGUGAUGAGAAUGAAGACACAGAGUUCUUUGAUGCCAUGGAGGACUCCCCUGCCUUCAUCACAGUGACCGCCUCUGACCACACCCAGCACAGACGCUCCAGCAGUAACCAGAGUAUCAUGAGUGGAGGAUUACCCAAUAAUGAAUGGAGCCACAAUGAGAAUGACUCUGGCUCCAACAACGUGCAGCUGCGUAGAGUAAGACGGAGCCGCAUCCCAGACAAACCCAACUACUCCCUCAACCUGUGGAGCAUCAUGAAGAACUGCAUCGGCAAGGAGCUGUCCAAGAUCCCCAUGCCUGUAAACUUCAACGAGCCCCUAUCGAUGCUGCAGCGUCUGACUGAGGAUCUAGAGUACAGUGACCUGCUGGACCGGGCGUCUCGCUGCGAAUCGUCCCUGGAGCAGAUGUGCCUGGUGGCAGCCUUCUCUGUGUCCUCCUACUCCACCACCAUCCACCGCACUGCCAAGCCCUUCAACCCCCUGCUGGGGGAGACCUACGAGCUGGACCGCCUGGACGACUUCGGCUACCGCUCCAUCUGCGAGCAGGUAAGUCACCACCCCCCAGCCGCCGCCCACCAUGUGACGUCACAGCGAGGCUGGACCCUGUGGCAGGAGAUCACUAUCGACAGCAAGUUCAGAGGGAAAUACAUCUCUGUAAUGCCAUUAGGCUGCAUCCACCUGCAGUUCCACUCCAGUGGGAAUCACUAUGUGUGGGGCAAAGUCACCUCCACGGUGCACAACAUCAUAGUGGGCAAACUGUGGAUUGACCAGUCUGGGGACAUUGAAAUAGUCAACCACAGGACCAAGGACAGCUGCCAUCUCAAGUUUGUCCCUUACAGUUAUUUCUCCAGAGACCUCUCACGCAAGGUGACAGGUGUGGUAGCAGACAGCGAGGGCACGGCCCAUCACAUUCUGUCUGGGACCUGGGACGACAAGAUGGAGAGCGCCAAGAUAGUGGAGAGUAGCCGGGGAUGUGGAGGGUCAGAGGGCAAACAGAAGACCCUCUAUCAGACCCUCCAGCCCAAAGUGCUGUGGAAGAAAUACCCUCUCCCGGAGAAUUCUGAGAACAUGCACUUCUUCUCCUCCUUGGCCCUGACCCUGAACGAGCCUGAGGAGGGCGUGGCCCCGACUGACAGCCGCCUGAGGCCCGACCAACGGCUGAUGGAGGCGGGGCUGUGGGACGAGGCCAACGCCCACAAACAGCGUUUGGAGGAACGACAGAGGCUGGAGAGGAGGAAGAGGGAGGCACAAGCAACACAGGUCCUGGAAGAAGGCCAAGACAUCGAGGGCUUCCAGCCACUGUGGUUUGAGAGGAGGACAGAUGAUUCAACGGGGGAGAGCACUUACGUGUACAGGGGUGGAUACUGGGAGGCCAAAGACAGACAGGACUGGAGCCAAUGCCCUGAGAUCUUCUAAGGCUCCACCCCUGGGUCUGUGACAUCACUGGAGGGCAGAGCUGAGGGAAUAAUGGACAAGCAGAGGGAGGGGUCCACAUGCUGCAAACACAUUGACAUGUGGCCAACUCUUUUGUCAAUGUGUGUGUGUUCCAGAAAGACGGAGCCCUCCAUGCCAAACUUCAAGAACAUUCUCUGUCCCCUUCACCGACCAGUGUGUUUCCCAAGCAUGGCCUCGUGUGUGUGUGUGUGUGUGUGCGCGCGUGUGUGCGUGGCACAACAGAGUAAGUUAGAGAGACAACCUAUUUGAGAUAUUUUGAUUAAGAGUUACAAAAUAGAUAGAGCUAUUGCAUGGAAACCCAUAUUUAUUUGAGGUGGUAUGUCUAGUGGUGCCUAGCGCCCAAUUGAUCUGGUAAUAAGGUAAUAACUACCGUAAGUUUAUAAUAUUAUAGAAUAAUAUUGGGACAAUUGUAUGGAUAAGUGGGGAGGAAAGGGGGGAAAGUGAAAGAGGUUGUGUUUUGGUUCUAGGAUGUCCUGUUCCAGUCUGAGCAACUAUCUCCAAUAUAUACCAAGGGUACAAAAGAUUAGGAACACCUUCAUAAUAUUGAGUUGCACCACCUUCUGCCCUCAGAACAGCCUCAAUUCGUUGGGGCAUGGACUACAAUGUGUCAAGCGUUCCACAGGGAU